AUGACUUGGGCAGAGGGAUUUUGCAGCAGUGAGAAGAAAUUUUCUAUUGAAAUUAUUCCAACUCCUCUCGCGGCAAGUAUUUUGGGCGGCUCCAAGAGGACUGUAGGCAAUGACGUUACAAUGCAAAUUGAUGCUUCUAAGUCAGUGGACCCAGAUGAACCAGGAAGCAAUUUCGAGUUUGCUUGGUUUUGUAACUUUAGUGGUGGCAAGUUGCCGGAAAAUAUAUCCUCUAUUGAGACAAACAAUCCCUUGAGUAAUGGAAGCUGUUUCGGAUAUGCUCCAGGUCAACUUACGGAUUUUAACGAAACAAAAAUAAUAACGUUAAAUACAAGCAUGGCGAUUGCAGGCAAAACAUAUACUAUCAGAUUU